AUGCGCACCCUCCUAAACAAACACGCCCUCAUAACCGGCGGCGGCUCCGGCAUCGGUCUCGCCAUCGCCCGCAGCCUGUAUUUAGAAGGCUGUUCCGUGACUCUUCUCGGCCGCACCGAAGCCACUCUCCGCCAAGCCCAGUCUCUCAUCUUAUCCUACCCAUCCCAAUCUUCCCAAUCACCUCAACCAUCCCAGUCAUCCAAAACCGCAAGCACAACAACCACAACCAUCUCGCAACUAGAAACCGACAACGACAAACGAGUAUCCUACCACCCCCUAAACGUCUCCAGCGCAUCCUCAUGGCAGGACCUCCUCAAAACCUGUGGGAAGGUCGACAUCCUAAUCAACAGCGCGGGCAUAACGCAACGCUCCCCGCUAAUGAAAACGCCCGUUGAGGAAGUGGAGGAAUUGGUGGGGACGAAUUUGACCGGGACGGUGUUGGGGUGUAAAUUCGUUGGGAGGGCUAUGUUGCGGAAUCGAAGUCAGCUGCAAACCUCGAGGGCCAGGGCGGGGACUGAGGGAGAAGGUGGGACUGGGGGAGAAGGAGGGAAGGAGGGACAAAAGACGGAGGUGCAAGAGGGGGUGAAAGAGAAGGGGGUGAUUGUGAAUGUGGCGAGUCUACUUGCGCAAAAGGGGGUGGUGGGAACGAGUGUUUAUGCGGCUGCCAAGGCUGGGGUUGUUGGCUUAACGACCUCCCUAGCAAAUGAAUUCGGCAGAUCCGGGAUAAGAGUCAAUGCCGUUCUGCCGGGAUAUAUCGAGACGGAUAUGACUAGUGGUCUCAAAAACCCUUCCCUCCUUCAACAGAUUCCCCUCGGCCGCUUCGGAACUACAGAUGAAGUAGCCGACGCCGCCCUCUUCCUUAUCAAGAAUCCGUAUGCAAACAACUGCGUACUUAAUCUUGAUGGUGGGUUGAGUGCUGUCUAA